UACUACUGUGGUUUGUGCAAGUUGUUUGAUGAUGAAGAUAGACAGCAGUACCACUGUGAUGGGUGUGGCCUUUGCCGUGUUGGAGGCCGCGAUAAAUUUUUCCAUUGUGACACGUGUGAGAUGUGUCUCCCUAUCAGCAUUGUUGACACUCAUAAGUGCAUCGUUAAAGUCAGCAAGGCCAACUGCCCUGUCUGUUUAGAGGAUAUUCAUACAUCACGCAUCGUUUCUCAUGUACCAUCAUGUGGUCACCUGAUCCAUCGACCCUGUUUCCAUAGUCUCAUAAAAGCAGGGUUCUAUGCCUGCCCAACAUGUGGUACUUCCAUGAUGAAAAUGAAUGAUCUGUGGAAGUCACUGGAUGAAGAAAUAGCAGAUACACCCAUGCCAAAGGAAUACAGGGACCUAUACUGUUAUGUUCUUUGUCGGGAUUGUCACAAGGAAUCAUUGACGUUGUUUCAUGUGUUGGGCCAUAAGUGUCUAGAAUGUGGCUCUUACAAUACUGUUAGGGGCAAAGGAGGACUCUUCAGAAGACAAUCGCCACAGCAAGCAUCUGGGACAGACCAGGCAGAGACUGUGGAAGAAGCAACUGGAAUGGACGCAGCAGAGGAUGAUCACAUAUAAAGAAGUCAGACCUGUGGAGCUUAUCUCUUGGUCAGCAGGACACAUAUAUAGGGUUGGCAGACAAGGCCCUUCCUCUCAUAUGCCGAGAUAUCUGAAAAGGGACGAGUUGCAAGAACCAGUUUGACAGUCGGUUCUAUAAUACAUGGACUGUAUUCUUAAACAUGCGACUCAGAUUCUAGUGCUGUCACUGUAGCAAGAGGAACAUUUUAUGUGGACUGAAAAAUCAUUAUUGUUGCUCCCCCCCCCCUUAUGAAAUUAGCUACGCAGUCUCCAGUCAUAGGAAGGGAGAAACUGGUAGCGCACCCUAGAUGCUCUGGUACUCUAAUUCACCUAGUCUCUUUAAAAAGUAAAUUAUAUUGUGGUGUUCAAGGUAGCAAAUUUCAACGCAAACACCAAGUGAUAUUGUAAUAUAACUUUGAAGAUACAAAACCUGUAAAUGUAAUUAGUAAGUGUCAGAUGACUAGAAUAAAAAAAAAAGUCUUGGUAAGUCAUAGCGCUUCCAGAGUCGGGUGAGUUGCCCGUUUUUUUUUUUCUUUCCUGAGAGUGGAUAAUGUAAUAUAGUGAAGAUCAACUUUGUGAGCCUCUUUUGUAUCAAUUUUCCCUUGUAGCUACAAAUAUACACUUUACGAACGAAAAGAUUUUAAAAAUUUG